AUGACAACAAAGAUGAUGAUGGUUAAUGGUGGUCAAUUAGAUAAUACUAAUGUUAUCUGUGAAUGUGAAUGUUUGAACUGGUCUGAAUAUAGUAAUCCAUCAAAACCAAUGGCUAAUUGUGAUUCGUGCAAUGUUGCUGCUUGUCGACGAAUGGGAGGUAGCUGUACAAGUGGUAGUAUAUUUAGAAUUAGUUGCACUUAA